GAGAUAGAAACGGGAAUUUAAUAAAUGCAUAACCCUUUCUUACGUUUAUGUCUGUGAGGCUGCAGCGGUGCUCUGUAAUAGUAAUACAAAAUACCUUCCGCAAAUGUGAUAGAUUAAAUAUCGGUUUCGUAUUUGCUACCAACACCGUGUCCUUGGAGCAGGAGAAGGCGGGCAGAAAGCCAGAGUUGGAGGGCAGCAGUAUCUGUCUGCGGCUGGGCAACAAGCUGUUUCUGUCGGUGAAAUAUCCAGACUGCUACUCACCUGUGGCAUUUAAUUCCGGGAAUCCUUCUAAACUAGUUUCCAAGGCUAGCAUAGAAAACUUCAGUCGGCUGGGAAUAGCUUUUGUGGAAGGCAGACUACAAAUGGAUGACAGAAUGAUUGCAGAGGAAGUAGCAUCUGUGCAGCUUGAAGACUCUAGGAGUAGACAACUACAGGAUGUAAAUCCAGCACUGAAAACAAAAUCAGAGGAGACACCGAUUAUGACAUCUGGUGAUAUGGUAACAGAACAGAGGAAAGGUGCAGGAGGUGAUGAAAUGAAGGCCCCUGCAGAAGUAGAUGUUACUGAUAGUAGACAGUGUGAAAGAGGAGAAACACCAGUAGAGCAUCAUCAUUUGCAUCUGUCUAGCUGCAAUGAAUGUUUGGAGUUGGAAAAUUACACCAUUGAGUCUGUCAAGUCUGCAUCUACAGAGAACAUUCCUGACCUACCUGAUGCUUAUUCUAGCAGUGUGGACAGCCCUGCUAGUGACCAAGUUUCGACCCAAGUGAAAAAGAUAAAUGUAGUGGGGAAGCCACCUAACAUAUUAGUAUACACAGGCUCUGAUCCAGAUAGCACUAAAUUCAAGCAGAUCCAGUCAGUAUUGAAGGACUGUAUAGACAAAGACCGUUACAUCAUCUAUCCUCUUCAGGAGAAGCAAGCCUUAAAAGAUCCAUGGCUUGACAACUUAGUCUUGUUGGUCAUUGCUUCUGAAGAGCCCAUUUCUGAAGAGGUUCAAAAAAAGUUUUUGACUUACCUUUCAAAAGGUGGAAAAAUCCUGGGACUGUCUAGUUUAUUUAGGUUUGGCAGUAUCAUAGUUACUGCAAAGGAUGAACUGAAACAUAAGAACAAGAUCAUCCAUUUCACUAAAACAGACAAUACCGACAUUGAGUUAAAUGUAUUAACAAGUGGUAAGGUUUUUGAGAGAGACAAUGAGAACAAUUUCAGUAACAUACAAGUCUUGGGUUAUUUAGAUCCACCUGAAAAAGACCUAGUGAUUGUUCGUUUACCUCAUGGGGACUGUGGUGGAGAAGCUCUUCUAAUUCAGGUUCAUCUUGAGGCAUCUGCUGACUCUCAUAUGGUGCAAGACGAAGCAGAUUUCAGUUCUCUGAAAAUGAGUAAUUCAAAGAGGUGUGAAGUCCUGUCAGAGAUUCUCACAAGCUUGUGCCUUAGCUGUGAGCCAAGUGAAGUGCCUUCACUGACUCCUAUCUAUCUGCUGAUGGCCAAAGAGACAAAUCGUUUUUCUUUCCUGGAAUGGCUGAGAUCUUUGGCAGAUGCAGACGGAAUAAUUAAAUCCCCCAAGGUCUCCCUUAAACUUCUUACAACACCUUUGCCAGGAGUAGAGGUAACACCCACUCUGAUCCCUGUGGUGACCACAUUUCCAGAGUUUUCAUCUGAGUAUUUCAGUUUACACACUUACCAGCAGAAUCUGCGGACAGAGAAACUAGGGCAGAUAGUGUUCUUCGUGGAAGUCACUCCUACCACAAUGAGCCUUUUUGAUGGGUUAAUGACUAACUCACCACAAGGAAACGGAUUAAUAGCUAUUGCAGCACGACAAACCCAAGGAAGAGGUCGUGGAGGUAAUGCCUGGCUUAGUCCUGUAGGAUGUGCUAUGUUCACGUUACUCCUAAGUAUUAAAAUGGAUUCAAAACUGGGACAAAGAAUUACAUUUUUGCAGCACUUGGUGGCUUUGUCAGUUGUAGAGGCAGUAAGAACACUUCCUGGAUAUGAGGCUAUUGAUCUGAGAGUAAAGUGGCCAAAUGAUAUAUACUAUAGUGAUAUCAUGAAACUAGGCGGUGUCCUGGUAACAUCUACUCUCAUGGACAAAACAUUUCAUGUACUUGCUGGUUGUGGGUUUAAUGUGGCCAACAGCAAUCCUACUAUUUGCAUCAAUGACGUAAUCAUGCAGUAUAACAAGUACAACAGAACGCAUCUGAAACCACUGAGCACAGACCAACUGAUUGCCAGGACAGUGACAGUCUUAGAGGAACUUAUGAAUACAUUUCAGGACAAAGGAGCAAAUGGCGUUCUCCCUGUUUACUACAAGCGAUGGGUGCACAGUGGCAAGCAGGUACGUUUAUGGAAUGAAGAAGGACCUUUUGCAUCUAUUACUGGUUUGGAUGAUUCUGGAUUCCUUCAAGUUCGCACUGAAAGUGGGAAUAUUGUUACUGUGCAGCCAGAUGGUAACUCUUUUGACAUGCUGAAAAACCUCAUCGUAACAAAAUAGUGACACACUGCUUUACAAAGACCGUCUGGACACACAUUGCCACCCUUAGCUGACAUCUGUGGCUUGGAUGGACCCUGAUCUGAAUUUAUUUCAGUAGUCUAUCCAGCUAACUUGCUUCCACUGUUUUGCAUCCUGAAUGUUAUAAUUUUUUGUAAGCAAUAUUUUCUAGAACAAUAAUUGUGCAAAAUAUGCAAGUGUUAUGCACCACAAAUAAAACUGUAAUUAAUUUUAAAGAGAACAUGUGUAAAUUCCACAGAAAGCUAUCUUACCCUAAUGAAACUGUCUUAUGGGAUAGUGUUUGUACAGCACAGGGUAGCUAUGUACUGUAAUAAUUUGCCUCUGUGCACCCCCUCCCUAUGCUUUGACAUUAUAUGGACAACACUGCACUGAAGUUUGAAAGUGCCUUUUCAGAUUCUUGUUGAUAAAAUCGUUUCUUGCACAGUGAUGUUCAUUGAAAGUCAAAGUCAGCAGUGAAUUAAAAGUACUUUGCUAAAACAAUUUCUAGCACUUCUAAACAAAAGAACUAUAUCACUUGUAAGAAAUGUGCUACAUAUCCAAAGGCAAGGCUUUUCUGUCUCAUGUAUUAACUAUUUUUUCUAUCUCCCACAGUCACAACUCAUGAAGCAAGCUAUCUGGUUUGUAUUUCUCAUAAUGUAACGGCAGAAGUAAAUCCAUUUUGACCUCGAAGAGGCAUGGUUUAACAGGAAUCAGCAUGUUCCAUUCCUCUUUUCAGAUAAAAUGAAACUGGUUUGCACUUAGAAUUUAGUUUGACCUAUGGGUGUUGGUGUGCUUCUGUAUAAUAUCCUUUCACAAAAAUGCCUGUAAGGAAGGUUGCUAACCACAAUGAUCCAUCAAGUAUCUGAAAACCAUAAUAACGGCUAGCUUGCUUUCUUGUCUGUUUUUGCUUUAGAUAUUUCUUUUGGGGUUUCUUAAUAAAAAACAUGCACUUGAUGAAGCUGUGACAUCA